GGAGGCCGCGGUCGUCGCGUCGCGGAAGGGCGGGUAACAUCCGGGUAACCUGCGGCGGGCGCGCUUCCGUCCGCCAUGCCCGCGCUCCCGGUCGCCAUGCUGAAGUGCGAGAUGUCGGGCGGUCAGGUGAAAGGUGGAGCGGCCGUUCUUGGUUUGCUGCUGUUUGGGAAAGCAAUACAGACCUUAUCACGAGUGAGUGAUGACCUGUGGCUAGACCCAUCUGAGAAAGGUCUUGCUCUGAGAUCUGUGAAUUCCUCUCAUUCAACGUAUGGCUGGGUCCUGUUCUCGUCUUUGUUUUUUCAACAUUAUCAGUGGUCACCCUCCGCCAUGAUGAGUGAUAAUGGCAUACCCAUGAAUUUAAACUGCAAAUUGGCAAUAAAGUCAAUUCUGCCAAUCUUUAGGUGUCUGAAUUAUCUUGAAAGAAGUGUAGAGAAGUGCAGAAUAGUCGCCAGAACGGAUAAAUGCAGAGUCGUCUUUCAGUUCUUCUGCAGGCAUGGUAUUAAAAGAACGCACAAUGUGUAUUUCCAAGACAGCCAGCCCUUGAAAAUUCUCUUUGAAAAGAGCUUGUGUGCCAAUAUCCUGAUGAUUAGACCAAGAUUGCUGGCAGAGGCCAUUGUUCUUCUAACGUCAAAUCAAGAGGAAGUCACCUUUUCUGUUACUCCAGGGAAUUUCUGCCUCAAGAGUUCGAGUGGGGAAUCCCUGGAUUUAAGCAGUUCUGUGUACAGUGAGAUGUCUUUCGGCCCAGAAGAGUUUGACUUCUUUCAAGUUGGACUUGACACCGAAAUAACAUUUUGCUUUAAAGAACUAAAGGGGAUCCUCACCUUUUCAGAAGUGAUGCACGCUCCCAUAGCCAUCUACUUUGACUUUCCUGGGAAACCAGUUGUUUUGAGUAUUGACGACAUGCUCUUGGAGGCGAACUUUAUCUUGGCCACGUUAGCGGAUCAGCCAAGCAGAGUGUCUUCACCACAGUCAUUGUGUCUUUCCCAGGCACAAAGAAGGCCAGACCCCACACAGUCAAAUGCCCAGGGCUGUAGAAGCCAAGCCAGCGAGGCCCCAGAGAGCAUCUCUCGAGCAGCACCCAAAAGGCUGUUUCCCAAGGAGCCUCCGGACAGCAGCUCUGCCACAGAGACCAAGAGAGCGAGCGCCAGUCAGGACAACAUCUCUGAAGUGCCUGAAAGUGUUGUCAGCGACAUGGAGGAAGGGCCAAGCCCUUCACACCUCAGGAAGUUUUCCUGCAUGUUCUUUGGAGCAGUUUCUUCUGAGCAGCAAGAACACGCCAGCCACCCUUUGGACAGCUUGGCAAUAGCAAGUGACAGUGAAGAGGACAUGAGGGGAUGAGUGUCCACAGCCUGAUGCUCAGAGACAGCUGCACAGUCAAUUACAAGCCGACAAAGGAGCCUUUGGUAACAUUGCUAAGUUUUCGGAAAACCAUCAAGCCAUAGGAAAUGUCAACCAGCAGGCCACUGUACUUCAGACUCAGAGAAAUUGGAAGUGCUGCCUAAGUGGAUUAGCGUGCUUCAGAAGUGUGAGCAGAUUCUAGCUGAAACCAGAGUGAUUUGGCUCUUGUAGCUUAGCAAUGAGUCACAGCUGCCCACAGUAACCUAAUAAAAACCCAACUUUAUC